AUGACGCAGACGACGUCGCGAGUCCUGGGUAAUUCCCUCCGGUUCGCUUCGGACAAGCAGUCUGCGAGUCGGUAUAUGCCUGGCAAAUCGAUUGCUUGUUGCAUAAUGUACUCUACGUUCAGACGCGUUCGAACGCCUUCAGAUGGUCCGCUCGUCAGAUAUCGACCUUGGCGACGGGUCAUGCUUCACAGGGCCUCGAAAAUUGCCCGUCUUGUCACUGCUUGGGGCGGAGAUCUCGCAACAAUGAGGCAGCCUAGCGAUACCUGGGCAAACCAAAAUCUGAGAAUCCGGGAAUCCAGGAGCCGAUGGGUGGGAAACGGGCAAAUCAUCCGACAAGACUACCGUUCUGGCUCUCGUGAUGAGCUUUACGAUAAUGACCAGGUAGAGCUGUGUUGUGUUCGGCAGACACAGAAUUCCCCGCUGGUGCUUGCUGGUGCUUAA